CAUCCACCUUUGCUUCCCCUUGUUCUAGUUGCUGAAGCACAGCCCUGCUGCCAGCAGCAGCAAAGAAAGCUCUUCAGACUUCAUUUAAAUUUUAGCUCUUUAAAUUUGAACAUUGCCAGCAGAUUGGGAGGAUCUUGUGCCUGAUGAAGUUGAAAGAUUUCCUCCAAGCCGUGAUGGUGGUGGUGCAGUAAUGGCGAUCAGGGACAUGAGGGCACGCUUGCAGCUUUGCAAUCCCGAGAUGUAGAUGUUGCGCUACUUGUCUGGCGCAAGAUGGGGCUGAAAAGAUUGGCGGACAGGUUGAAGGUAGAUCCAAAGAAGUUGAAAAAGCAGGAGAUGCCAUGCUUUACCGAGUUGAUGCGGUUUUUUGGCGCCUUGAAAAAAGUUGGAUAUGAUGCAGACAAAUGCCAGGCCGAGAAAGUUGCCUUGCAGGAGGCAAUCAAUGAAAUGGAUACAAGGAAAGGUCACAAGGAUACAAUCAACUACCACCUUCAGCGGAUAGCAAAAGACAUGGGCAUCAGGCGGUGAGCCCGCUUUGGCAUCCAAAUUGUGGUUUAAGCGUCCAUGGAGAGGUUGCGACUGUCGGCACAAUGGAGAAGUAAACUUUGAGAGUCUGAUUCAAGUCGGGAAAGGUCAUCAGGGGUGGCCGAUCCAGAACGAGCUACGAAGCUGACCUUGGAGUAAUAAGAAAGAUACAUGUUACGGAUGAAAUUCGUUUGACAGUGUCGAUCAGACCAAGAAAUGGUUUGAGUAUCCAUUCAGUCGAUGAACUUGGAAUAAUCGAUUGUUGCUGCAUGGGGAUCGUGAGUGCCUUGUUUCGCUCGGCAGGCACAUAUGUUGAUGAUGGCA